UUCUAUUCUUAAGCCAAAACAGAAACGGAUGAACAGCCAAGUAAGCUAAAUUAUCUUUUUUCUGUUUCUUUCCCGUGUAGAACCCCAAAACCCCAUAUCCACCGGCGCCUUCGCACCCUCUAUCGUCCAGCUCCGGCAGCCCAUUUUGUGUGUAGCCAUUUUUAUUUUGCUGACUUCUCACCAGCCACAUACAGUUGGAAACUCUAAUUAUUCCUAUGUCGGCGAUGGAGCCCCCGGGCAUCAGGGGCGAACAAAACAUUUCAAUUCCCCAUGGGGGUCCCAUCUAUAGCCCUCAUAUGCUGGGUCGCCUCACUAGGGUUUCUGAGUUUGAGAGCUCUGUAUUUGAACAACUUCAGAAUCUCAAGGCAGACAUUGGUUGGGACUCGCUUGACAUAUCUGAUGAUGAAAUUUGCGUUAAUGAUCUUAAAAUAAUUAAGGAGGAGGAUUUGGUAAAUCGGGCUUUUGAGGAAGCAUUAAAGGAUGCGCACCUGAUAGAGAAUAUUCCACAAAAAUCCCAAGAGCAAUCGUGUCAAAGGUUGGAGGGAGGAAAGGACACUUUAGUUACUUGUGGCUCCUCAACUGGUGCUCCCAGAGAUGUCAAAAAGACAGUAUCAAAUGAUAAUGUGUCGGAAAAGAGAGAGAGGAAGAGGCGUGUGAAUCGGGAAACAGUUAAUCUUGAAGAAGGGUAUGUUGCAAAGGUGAGAGAACUCGCAAAAAUUAAACAAAAACAAGAUGAAGAUAAAACAGCAGCAAGAUUGCAUUCAUUCAAUGGUAGUUGCAGAAAUCAAUCUGCUGCUAGUUCCCAGAUAAAGAAUGACAAGUUGACGUCACUCAAGUCAACAAGUUUUUCACCUAAGGUGGGAUCAUCCAAGACUCCUGAGCAAGUUCCAGUUCAUUUUCCUGAAGUCAUUCUCUGCCUUGAGGUUUACCAUAACAGACGAACAUGGUCUAAGACACAAGAAUUUUUGGUUCUUGGGCGACAGUUUUUGACUGAAGUGAGGGACAUGAUAUAUUGUUUGACCGAUGAGAUCAUGAAAAAGGCUGGCAAGCAUGAUGCAUCUGGAUACUUCCUGGUAGAAGAUGUGUUUUGCAAUGACACGAGGGAUCCGUAUGCUAUAGAUUACAGUAAGCCCAUUUUUAAGUGGCUUGAACACUCUAGGAAUGUUGCACUUGAAAAAUGGGAGUUCAUUGUAGCUGGUGAACAACAGCAGCACCAGAAGCGAAAGGCAUUUCUAGACAGCAACGAAAAACUACAGUUACCACACUUCAAAGUUGUUGACAUGCAAAAAACUCGCUUUUGUGACCUUGGAUUUCGACUUGGUGCUGGAUAUCUCUAUUGUCACCAGGGGGAUUGCAAACACCUAAUUGUCAUCAGAGACAUGAGGUUGAUCCACCCAGAGGAUGUACAGAACCGAGCUGCUUAUCCACUGAUAACCUUUCAAUCUAAAGUACGUUUUAGGAAAUGCUCUGUUUGCAACAUUUAUAAGGCGACUAAGGUUACAGUUGAUGACAAAUGGGCACAGGAGAAUCCUUGCUAUUUCUGUGAUCUUUGCUAUUACAUGCUUCACUAUGCAGAUGGCUCUCUGUUGUAUAGUGACUUCUCUGUAUAUGAUUAUCUUCAUGAAUAGUCAAACAUAACUAUGGUUAGAGUUUGCCGAGUAUUCAAUGUGUACUUUGGUUAGUUUUUA